GCCACCAGGCACAUUGACAUCCCCUCUUCACCCCACUGCUCCUCGCAUCAUCAUUGAAAGACGUGUAGAGAUACAGCAUCGCGGAUCGCCAUGGCCUCCAAGUGCGUGCACAAAGGCUGCGGCAAGACCUUCACCGAUCCUGAAGAGCCAUGCCACUACCACCCUGGACCCCCCGAGUUUCACGAAGGCCAGAAGGGCUGGAAGUGCUGUAAAGCUCGCGUGCUCGAAUUCGAUCAGUUCAUGAAAAUACCUCCCUGCACCACGGGCAAACAUUCGACUGUCGACGAUCCCCCUACUGUGGUCGAGCCGAAACAGACGGACGAGGAGCUCGAGGCCAAAAUUCGAAACGCAGCCCCCAAAGCACAGCCCAAGCAAGACGAGAGCUCACUUCCACCGCCCGUCGCACGCGCUCCAAUCGCAACAUCAGCUUCUCGCGCUUCGCCCAGUCCUGCUCCUCCCGAACAAGAAGAUGAUGAUCCUAGCAUUCCAGUGCCGGACGGAGCGACGUGCAAGAGAAAGUCAUGCGGUGUAAAGUACAAGAGCGGAGACAAUCGUGACGAGGAAGAAUGCGUACAUCAUCCGGGACAAGCUCUAUUCCACGAGGGCAGCAAAGGGUGGACAUGCUGCAAGAGACGUGUCCUGGAAUUUGACGCAUGGCUUAAAAUACCAGGCUGCAAGACAACAUCGCGGCAUCUCUUCGUAGGUAAGGCAAAGGAGGCUGGUACAGAGGAGGCCCUGAAGGAGGUGCGGAACGACUUCUACCAGACCGCGGCUACAGUCAUCGCCUCGCUGUAUCUAAAGAAGAUCGAUAAGGAGCGCUCGAAGGUGGAAUUCAGCGCCGAUGGGACCAAGGUGGAGCUCGAUCUGCACACAAGCGACGCAAAGAGGUAUCAGACGAGCAUGGUGCUCUUCGGAGAGAUCAAACCCGCUGAGAGCAAAUUCAAAAUCAUGGGCACCAAGUUGGAGUUGACGCUGGCGAAAGCGGAUGGCCAGGGCUGGCCCGUCCUCAGGGCGGACGAUCCGCAUACGGGGGAGAUUAUUCAAGCAGGUCGAGCUGGACGAGUGUGAGCGCUCGACACGACAACGCGGAACAUGUGAUGAGAGAUGGUUGUCAGCAAGGGUACGCGUGCUAGCGCACUGCACAUGCGACGUAUCGUGGUGCCACGCUGAGUAACAAUCCGAGCCCUGAAACAGCAGCAAGCGUGAGCCGGAUUCGCACCACAGUUCGUGCAGCUGAGGAAAGAGCCGAUUUGCUACAUCUGUAGGAAGUCCUGGGUCGAGGCUGCCGCAGAUUACAGGACAGUCGUCGUCUUCCUUUGCGCCUGCUCAUACCAAGUCACUUGCGGACCCUCAAGCUACGCAGCCACUCUUCUGUAGCCGGAACAAUCACAAACGCAUUGCAACACAAAAAUC